CAAAACCGCUGGCUCAUACUCUCGACGCCCUCUUCUGAUCGAACUCCGACACACUCACAGAGACUAUACCAAGACAGGCGCCAUCAUGUUGGACAUCAACGAUUUCAUCAAGGACCGCGGCGGAAAUCCCGAAAAGAUCAAAGAGUCACAGCGAAGACGGCAUGCUCCAGAAGAAGUGGUUGACGAAGUCAUUGCGCUGUUCGAAGAUCACAGAAAGACACAAUAUGCUGCAGGGACAGAAAUGGGCGCGAAGAUCAACGCUGUGCAAAAAGCCAUGGGCGCAAACAAGAAAGCAAAAGGCGAUCCAGAAGAGUUCAAGGCUUUGGUGAAGCAGAAGGAGGAACUAGCCAAAGAAAAGGCAGAACUCGAAAAGCAGGCAGCAGACAAGCAGAAGGAACUUCUCAAGAAGGCCAAGAGCAUUGGAAACUAUGUGCACGACAGCGUGCCGAUUUCUGACAACGAAGACAACAACGCCGUCAUCCGCACGUGGGCACCCGAAGGAGUCGAAGUCGCAAAGAAGGACUGCAUGUCGCACCACGAGGUUCUCACGCGGAUAGACGGCUAUGAUCCAGAACGCGGUGUGAAGAUUGUUGGACAUCGCGGCUACUGUUUGACUGGCUACGGUCUGUUCCUCAAUCUGGCCCUCAUCAAUUACGGCCUGGAGUUCCUCUUCAACAAAGGCUACAAGCCCAAUCAGCCACCAUUUUUCAUGCUGCGUGAAGCCAUGGCCAAGACUGCACAACUCGAGCAAUUCGAUGAGGAGCUAUACAAGGUGACAGAAAAGGAGAACGACCCGGCCACGGACAAGUAUCUGAUCGCAACCUCUGAGCAGCCUAUUUCUGCUCUACACGAGGGCGAAUGGCUGAACCCAACGGACCUUCCCAUCAAGUACGCCGGCUACUCAACAUGUUUCCGCAAAGAAGCUGGCUCGCACGGCAAAGACGCGUGGGGCAUUUUCCGUGUCCACCAGUUCGAAAAGAUCGAGCAAUUCAUCUUCUGCAGCCCUGAGAAGUCAUGGGAGCACUUUGACGAAAUGAUCAACACUUCAGAAGAGUUCUACAAGUCCCUGAAAAUUCCAUACCAAGUCGUCGCAAUUGUCUCCGGCGCGCUGAAUAACGCUGCUUCCAAGAAGUUCGACCUCGAAGCCUGGUUCCCCUUCCAGGGUGAGUACAAGGAACUCGUCUCCUGCUCCAACUGCACAGACUACCAAACCCGCGAGCUCGAAGUGCGAUUCGGACAGAAGAAGCAGACCGACGCCAGCUUCCAAAAGUCAUACGUUCACGCUCUCAACUCCACUCUUUGCGCCACAGAGCGAGCACUGUGCUGCGUGCUGGAGAACUAUCAGCGCGAAGACGGCAUCGAAGUGCCGGAGGUCCUACGCAAAUACAUUCCGGGCCAGCCAGAAUUCUUGCCAUAUGUAAAGGAACUGCCCAAGGAUUCAACUUCGCUCAAAGCGAAGGGAGUCGCUGACCAGAAGAAGGGCGGCGGAAAGCCGCAGCUUCCAGCUGAGGGAGAGGUAGUUUCGCGGCCGAAGGCUGUUGCUGAGGAGAAGCGUUCAUAGAUGACGAUCAGGUCGAACAGGAUGUUGACAAGAAUGAAACUCGAUUGUCAGGAGGAGAUGACUGUACGCUUGCAGCAUCCGCGACAAUUGUCGGCAAUGCCAUCUCGAUUUCAUGGUUUGUAAGUCUUACAUAGCGACCAGAUCGAAAUUGCAAAGAAGCCAUCAGCAGUCUAGAGCAGUGGGAGCGGCCAUUCGGGCCUCUGUCGCCAAGACCGCAUGUUCCCGA